AGCCACGCAGCGUGCGAAACAGAAAAACACCCCAUCAAAUUCCUACGGGAAGAGAGAGCUCCAGCGUCUCGGAGAGUGAAGGGAGGAGAAGAGAGGAAGGGCCGAUUUUGAUCGCCGUGAGGAUGUACAAGUCGCGGCUGCAGGAGCUGUGCAUGCAGCGGCGGUGGGCCCCGCCGGAGUACACCCACCGGCGCGCGGGCCCCGACCACGCCCCGCUCUUCGGCGCCACCGUCGCCGUCAACGGCGCGGAGUUCAGCACCGGGGACGCCGCCGCAAGGUCGGCCAAGGAGGCGCACAACAUCGCCGCCAAGGCCGCCUUUGACCACCUCUCCUCCCUGCCGAUGCCGCCGCCGCCGCCGUCGCUUCAGGCCUCCGAAAACCAAACUUCUUACAAAAGUCAGCUGCAAACUUAUGCUCAGAAGAAGACCAAAGCAUUGCCUUCAUACCAAACAAUUCGGGAAGGUCCAGUUCAUGCAUCUCGGUUCAAGUCAGUAGUGACUGUAGAUGGCAAAGCAUUUGAAAGUCCAGAAUACUAUCACACAAUUAAGGAUGCUGAAUCUGCUGCUGCAAAACUUGCUCUGAUGUCCUUACCUCAAGAAGUAAGCUCAACGGAGCAAGUGCAGGUCCAGCCAUUAUCAUACAAGAAUCUUCUACAAGAAGUUGCUCAGAAACAUGGCAUUUCCUUGCCUGCCUACAACACAGCUUCAGAUGGAUCAAUGCAGGUACCUAUCUUCAAAUCGACUGUGGUAUUUCAAGGUGAAAGUUUUGAGGGAGAACCAGGAAAUACUAAGAAGCAAGCAGAGAUGAAUGCUGCUAAGGUUGCUUUUCAACAUUUUGAAAACAGAAGGAAAAAUUUUCUUUCUUCCACUGUUCUAGCAGGGCCACAUUUGGAACAAGGAACAGUGAACUUAUCUGCUGGACAACAGGUCAAGAUUGCACAACCUGCCUUUUCAGUUCCCCAAGCAUCAGCAGCAACAAGGCACAGUGAGAGUGGUGCUAUGAGUCAUGAUCAUCACUCCCCUGGAUCCACUAAUCCCCUUCCUAUAUCAGAUUCUACAAAAUGUCCUGAUGAACAUAUCCAACCUUGUGAGUUGAAAGAGGAAAAACCAGCCUUUCCAGAGCCAAGCACAGUGGCUGAAGUAAUGGACUCGUCUCCAGAGCUCACACAGUUGGAAGAUGGCCACUCGGCCCCCUUCACCCCAAUCAGGACUGCCAGUUCUACCGGAUGCGGCUGCUCCUUGUUAACUAACCGAGUCCAGGUCUACCCACGCCGUCCUGACCUGGUAUUACCGGAGGGUGCGACCGUUCUUCCCUUCAGUGAUGAUGUUUGGGUGGCAGUCAGCCUACCUACCCUUAACCAUUAAGGCAGUAAAACUACCUCUUGGGGACAUUUCAGUAGACAAGAACUGGAGCCGGUGCUUUUGUGACGUUCUACCUACUGCCAAAGUUUAAAUUUACCCUAACUGUAGUGCCAGCAAGCAAAUGGUGCAUGUCCAUGCUGCAAGCUGAAGUUAUUGUUUCGAUGUUUUGGAUGGAUGAACUCUUUUAUCGUAUCUAGCUAAUUAGUUGCUCAGCUAUCUCAGCAGCAACCAUAA